AAGUUGCUUAGGGCCUUGCUUAGUUGCUGAGGCUGGCUUUGAACCUGUGACCCUCCUGACUCAGCCUCCAGAGUCACUGGGGUUACAGGCAUACUCCACCACACCUGGCAAAGAAUGCCAUUCUUGUGUAUAGAUAGAAUGAUAUCUUCAGCCCCAAAAUGGAGGAGAAUGAGACCUCCAGGUUCUAGUUUCCCUUCACCUUCAUUCCUCUGUAACCUGCCUUUCUGGAAAGUAUUUGAGCCGUUUUCUCUUCUGCUUGCUUCAGCUCAUUUAUUUUUCUCCCAUCUUGCCCAUUAGUUGAAAGUAUGAGCUAAGCCUUUGGGAGCUGAGAGUUCCCUGGUCUCAUAUCUCUGAAGAGAGUUCCCAACAUCAAGGUCUCCUGCCUCAGUGGCUCCACAACAUUUUAUUCUGAGUCUCUCAGAGCACUGAGUUGUCUUAUCCUCCUAGGCUGGGAAUGCUCUCAGGCUAGUGACAGGCCUUUAUUUGUCUUUGCAUGCCCAAUGUCCUACACAGGACCCAGCUUGGCUCUUUCCUCUUGUGUCUACUUUCCUUUGCAGUCACCCCAGCUCCUCUCCUCUAGGUAAUUAUAGGAUGACAGACAGGAGACUCUGUGGGUGACUCUCAGAUGCAUCAUGGGCAGCGGAAAGUGAAGGUCUGACUGAUGGGCAGCACCCUCCCACUGUUGGAAACUCCACAGCCUCAUACUAUCUCCCCUCUGAGGAAGAGGAGGCUGUUCCACCAGCCAAUCCCAAAGCCUGAUUUGGGGUUGGGGAGAAAUGAAGCGUCAGCUCACAUGCGUUGCUCACCAAUUCUGGCUGCAGCCCAGCUUCCCUGUAGCGUCCCUUUUUCCUUACUUGACCCCAGAACCCAAAUUGCUGUCCUGCUCUUUCCAACCUUCACUCAGCUUCGAGGAUGGCUCUACAGGAUGUGUGUAAGUGGCAGUCCCCUGAAACCCAGGGACCAUCCACUCACCUGCCUCAGGCUGGUGACUGGGCUGUACCUCGUGGCUGUGACCUGAAAACCUUCCUGCAGAUGCAUGGCCCCAGGCUAGCCCAUGGCACUACCACCCUGGCCUUCCGCUUCCGACAUGGAGUCAUCGCUGCAGCCGACACACGUUCCUCCUGUGGCAGCUAUGUGGCCUGUCCAUCCUCUCUCAAGGUGAUCCCUGUGCACCAGCACCUCCUGGGUACCACCUCUGGUACCUCCGCUGACUGCGCCACAUGGUACCGAGUGCUACAGCGGGAGCUGCGGCUUCGGGAGCUGAGGGAGGGUCAGCUGCCCAGUGUGGCUAGUGCAGCCAAGCUCUUGUCAGUCAUGAUGUCCCGCUACCGGGGGCUGGAUCUGUGUGUGGCCACUGCCCUGUGUGGUUGGGACCGCUCUGGCCCUGCCCUCUUCUAUGUCUACAGCGAUGGUACCCGCCUACAGGGGGACAUAUUCUCUGUGGGCUCCGGAUCUCCCUAUGCCUAUGGUGUGCUAGACCGCAGCUACCAUUAUGACAUGACCAUCCAGGAAGCCUAUGCCCUGGCCCGCUGCGCUGUGGCCCACGCCACCCACCGUGAUGCCUACUCAGGAGGCUCAGUUGACCUUUUCCACGUGCGGGAAAGUGGAUGGGAAUACGUGUCACGCAAUGAUGCCUGUGUGCUGUACAUGGAGCUGCAGAAGCUUCCAGAGCCAGAGCCAGAAGGGAAGACCAACCAGGCCCACAGAGCUGGGGAAUGUGGAAAAAUCUCUUCAAGGCCAGGGGAGCUGUCACCAGAAGACUCCAGGAUGCCAGCCAAAACUGAGACACUGUAAAAAGUAGCAGAACUUGGGGAACCCAUGCUCAGGGUGGGUGGUAGGGGAGGCAGCAGCGGGGAGCUCUGCUGGGAGCAGCCUCUCCGCACUGGCUCCAACCCUUUUAGGUUGCCUGCUUCAUUUGUUCCAAGUCUCCACCCUUUCUUCCUCCUGGAGUUAUUAAAGGUGUCUAACAUGUUCCUAUUGA